GCAGGAGCACGAUUCUGCCGUGAUUGUGUGACGACUACUUAUUUUUUUGACGUACAAUUUUAUUUAUCAAAGAAGUCCAAAGAUUUGUUGAUGCUUAUGAUAUCGUAAUGUACCUUUUUUAAUUUAUUUGUUCUCGUAGUGUUUUUCGCAAAACCGGCAUUUUCUAGCAAGUGGAUAAGCACUUGUCAACAAUGGCGUCAGAACCACAUUAUAAGAAUCGAAUGCAAGUUUUUAAAAACAAAGGAAAAGACCAAGAUGAAAUGCGAAGAAGAAGAAAUGAGCAGACAGUAGAACUUAGGAAAAAUAAAAGAGAAGAGACUUUGCAAAAAAGGCGGAAUGUUCCAAUAACUGACUCAACAGAUGAAGAUGAAGUAGAUAGAUCUUUCUCAAAUAUCAACCUGGUGCAGUUAGUUCAACAAGCUGCUCAAACUACCAAUCCUGCAUCACAAUUAGUAGCAGUACAAACUGCAAGAAAGUUAUUGUCUUCUGACAGGAACCCUCCUAUAGAUGCUCUUAUAGCUAGUGGAAUCUUGCCAAUUCUAAUUAAUUGUCUUGAAUGUUAUGAUAGUCCGUCAUUACAAUUUGAAGCAGCCUGGGCAUUGACAAACAUUGCUUCAGGUACUUCAGUUCAAACAAAUAAAGUUGUUGAAGCUGGUGCAGUACCACUUUUCCUUAAGUUGCUCAACUCACCCCAACAAAAUGUGUGUGAACAGGCAGUUUGGGCUCUGGGAAACAUAAUUGGUGAUGGACCUCAUCUAAGAGAUUAUGUAGUAGAAUUGGGAGUUGUUAAUCCACUUCUGUCUUUCAUUAAACCUGAUAUUCCAAUUUCUUUCUUGAGGAAUGUCACGUGGGUGAUUGUCAACUUGUGCCGUAACAAGGACCCGCCUCCUCCCACACCCACUAUCAAAGAAAUCCUGCCAGCAUUGAGUGUUCUUAUCCAUCACACUGACACCAACAUAUUAGUAGAUACAGUUUGGGCGCUGAGUUAUCUAACUGACGGUGGCAACGAGCAGAUCCAAAUGGUUAUAGAUAGUGGUGUUGUGCCGAAAUUGGUCCCCCUACUUAGUCAUUCGGAAGCCAAAGUGCAAACUGCAGCUCUAAGGGCUGUCGGUAAUAUUGUCACCGGUACCGAUGAGCAAACGCAGGUUGUUUUAAAUUGCGACGCGUUAUCGCACUUCCCUGAACUUCUCACCCAUUCAAUGGACAAAAUAUGCAAAGAAGCUGUAUGGUUCUUGUCCAAUAUAACUGCAGGAAACCAGUCCCAAGUACAAGCUGUUAUUGACGCUGGCCUUUUGCCAAAAAUAAUUCGUAACUUAAUAAAAGGAGAUUUCCAAACACAGAAAGAGGCAGCGUGGGCAAUUAGCAAUCUUACGAUUGGGGGCAACAAGGAUCAAGUUGCUUGCUUAAUCAAGGAAGGUGUUAUCCCGCCGUUCUGCGACCUUUUGACGUGUAAAGACGCGCAAGUAGUUCAAGUUGUUCUCGAUGGCAUUAAUAACAUGCUUAAAAUGGCCGGGUCUCAAGUGGAACACCUGGCCAAUAUGAUUGAGGAGUGCGGUGGACUAGACAAAAUAGAGGCUCUCCAGAAUCACGACAACGUUGAAAUAUACAAAUUAGCUUAUGAAAUUAUUGAGCAGUACUUCAGUGCAGAGACUGAAGAUGAUCCAAACUUAGCACCACAAGCGGGAGAUGCAGGAUUUCACUUCGAUCCUAGUACGAACGUUCCCAGUGAAGGUUUCAAAUUUUGAUGGCCUUCCAAUGGACCGUUUAAUCGAACGAUGAAACAGCUGCUUUCGUAAUUAUAAAUACAAUUUUAACUACUGUGGUACACUCAUUUUAGGUUGAAACAAUUUAUUAUUAUUAUUAUUAUUAGAGUAAGAUUUCCUUUUUAACUUUUGUUUUUAAUUUGACGCUAGAACCGAAUCUUCGGCAACACAGAAAACGUCCAAUUAAAUCAUUCAAGUAUAAAUUUUUUGUUUUUAUUUUGAAAACGAAUGUUAACAAAAUUCGAUUUUGUUGUUGUUAUUGUUAUUCGAAAUUUUAUAGUGAACGAUCGAACUUGGAGUAAUUAAUGAUUAAUUAUGAUCGAACGUAAAGUGAGUGUACAAUGAUCUGAUCGCGACUGUGAUGUUUAUCGUACCGUAACGAAACGGUAAAAAAAAUAGGAAAAUACUUAAAAAAGAUGUUCACAUGGUGAACGAGUUGAUUAAGAUAAAAAAAGUCGUGCUCAGAUCCAAGUGAAAUCAUCUAAACGAAAUGCUUCAGAACCAUUCUUUUGGAACCUUUAUUCUAACAUUAUUACGGACCUGUUUUUAUAAUUAUGAUAAUAUUUUAAUUUAUACCGUAGACAUUCGAUAU